AUGGGUCAACUCAGGAGACCAGAACGAGAACCAGAUUCUGCAGAGCAGUCGUCUCGCGCUACACAAUAUUCAUUACCCCAGUUGCCCGUCAAAGCUAAACCCCGGCUGGAUCAUCAAGGUUUCCGAGAGCAGGGCAACAAGGCCGCUGAUGAACGGGCCAAGAAGCUCCGCACCAAAAUAAGUUCACUGGGUGAAUCUGAGGAACGAUUAAGAGAAGAACAAGAGAAACUAUGGAGCAGUGCCAGCAAGGACUUAUCAGACGCAGCUAGAGCGUUGAAAGACACUAAGGACUUAGUAGAUCAAGUUCACGAUGACGAUCUUAUAGAUCUGUGUAAAGCGGUGGCGGGUCAAUCCCAGGAAACGCAAUCAGCAUUGAAAAGAGUGCUGGGGAGCCUUGGUGGGGUAACGUCUGGCUUGAAGAAGGACGUUAUUAAAAGGCCAGGUUUCUUAGAAGGCACCGAAGCAAGUAAUUUCACGGCCGAGCGGAGUACUAUCUCGGAGGCGGUGAUGUCUAAGAUACGCCUUAGCACAAGAGCGAAGAGGAGGACAGCGGUACUGAGGAAGAAGCAACUCGAGAAAGAUCUGGACCUUCUGGAAGCCAGGCUAAGGCAGCCGAGUGGAUAUAGUGGUAUUGAUUCCAGCGACCUGCUAUUAGAGACAGACGAUGAAGAUAUGGAUGUAUCAGAUAACCAGAGCGAAGACAUUCAGGGUAGAAGCUUGAGUAAAGACCAAGUUCCCGAAGUUAGCGGACGAAAGCGAACCUGGGAUGCGAAUGGGGAAGGCAAUCAAGGAGACUGGCAAUCAAAAAAGAUAAAAGGCGAUGGACUCGCAGGAAAUGUAGGUUUGGAUGUCAAGACCAGAGAGGAGCGGGAGCAAAAAGAACCACAGUCGAACAAUGAUGAACGGAAAGAGAGACUAGAAAAGAUCGGGCAGGAAGGGGAACUGUCCAAGAAGGGCGCAGACGGAUGGGAGCUAUUAGCAAGAGAGACGCUGCAGGGGAAAAUACAGGAAAAGAAGGCUGAGAUCGUUAUACAGAAAGACAAAAUCAUGCGCCUCGACGAAAAUUACAAGAAGCUGGAGAAGCCAAUCAAUGGCAUAGAGAGAGAGUUAGUGGAGGAUCAACAUAGGGAGCAGAGCUACAGAGAAAAGAGGCGAGAGAAGGACUCAAAGGAGUUCAAAGACCUAAGAGACCAGGAAAAGAGAGGGAAAGAGCUGCAGAAGCUACGCCGGGAAAUUUUCAAGAAACGCUAUCUCCCUUCUGACAACCAAAUGCGCCAGCAAGGGUAUGAUCAAAUAAGCCGUAUGGAACGAAUGAUGGCGAGGCGUCUCCGCAACGACUUCCUUACAUACCAGUACGACAUUUCACCUUCUCACUUUGUCGACGGCUACGAUUCGGAGGACGAUGCAACGGAUAACCAACUUGACGAAACAGACGAAACAGACAAAACGGUCCAGGAACACUCCCUCGGACUACUAGAAAAGCUAGUAACUGAUGCACAAUUGUUGGAAGCCCAUAUUCAAAGGAUGCAAGAUCAUUACGACAAGCUUGAGCAUGUGACGAACUUGAAACAUGUUCUGGAUAUAGAGAGGAAGUUGGAAAUCAAGUGGCUCAGCAAUCCGAGAGGUUCCAACUCGAUAAGAUUGGACGACACGACGACCACCCAUCUAAACGACAAUCACUUCUCGGCUAGAGACAUAUCUGAAGGGGAAAUAUAUGAAUCGCUCAAAGAAGACGAAUUCAGGGUUUUGGUAUUGGUCCCAGCGCCAGAACCAUACUACCCCUUGAUCUGUAAAUUGGAAACCUGGUCUAUGAAGGACAUGGAAUCUCCCGAGAACGAGAAAAAGUACGCAGCUUUAUCAUAUUUCUGGGGUCGGGAAGAAGUUUACAACGGCCGGAUCUACCUUCUCCCUCAUCACGAUGUUCUAUCAGAUCCAAGUGAGUGGGGUACCGCGACGAGGAGCGCUACUCCAGUUCACGUUCGCAAUAGCCUCUUUCGCGCUCUCCUUCGGCUUCGAAGAAACGGAAAUGAUUCCCAACCAGUGGCUCUGUGGGUUGACUUUAUGUGUAUCGACCAAAAAAACGACUAUGAAAAAACGAAACAGUUGAAUAAGAUGGUACAAAUCUACAGAAACGCAAGCAACGUAUGCAUUUGGCUUGGUGAGGGCGACGAUGAUGGGCGUAGUGACGAGGCUAUGCAGUUCAUUCGAACUACAAUGGACUUUGCUGUGUUAGACCGCCUCGCCCACGAUAAAAGUCAGGCCAAGAAGUGGUACGCAUUAGGAGAAUUAAUGCGAGAUCGAUGGUUUUCGCGACGCUGGGUCGUACAAGAGAUUGCUCUUGCGAAGGAAGCGACUGUACACUGCGGCCAGAGACGUGUUCAAUGGUCCGACUUUGCCGACGCUGCGUCUUUGCUGGUUUCCAACCAGGAGAUUAUCAAGUCGCUAUUCGACUUUUCGGAGUGGCGAGAGGGUCGGAAUACACUUGGCGACGUUGGCUCAUUUGGGGCAUCCAUCCUCCUCGAAGCAAUCAAUAACUUGUUUCGGCGAAAGCCUAACGGCGAUAUCAAGAAGCCUAUUAAGACCAUCGAGUCCCUUGUCACAUCACUCAAAACAUUUGAUACGGGUAAUCGGCGCGAUCUCAUCUACAGUCUCGUGGGUAUUGCAAGGGACACAUCCUAUGCUAUGUGGGAUAGUGUCUCCGACGACGCUUCCCACAAGAAAUUCGAAGUAAACUAUGGUAAAUCCGAGGUCGCUGUCUACAAUGAUUUCACAGACUUCUGCGUUUCGUCUUCUGGGUCACUGGACAUCAUCUGCCGCCCAUGGGCAAUGCCACUUCGAGGGGGUGACGCCUUGCCCUCUUGGAUUCCUCUCUUAUCAAAUUCGGAAUUUGGAGUCCCUGAAGAGAUCUACAGUGGUCGUAAAAAUGGUGAGAUCUUGGUUGGGCCGGCUGGAUCUCCGAACUAUGAAGCCUCUGGGAAGACUAAAUUCGACGGAACAUUCAAAUCCCAAAAGGCCGCAGAAUACACUUCGCGUACUAAUGGAAAAGGAGAUGAUACCAAUUCUCUUUCCAUAGAUACGGGAAGAAUUCUUGUUGCGAAAGGCUUCAGACUAGCCAAGAUCAAGGAGGUAUCACCGCGAAACACAGGCGGCGUUAUUGUCCGCGAGUCUCUGGAAAUGGGAGGUUGGCAAGGGUUCAAACGGGAUACUGACAGUGUUCCAGACCCUAUCUGGAGAACACUCGUUGCCGAUCGUGACCAGUAUGGUCGUGUGCCUCCCUCAUGGUACCAAAGGGCUUGUCUGCGAUGUCUUGAGAUGGCUGACACGUUCAAUAAUGGUGACCUCAACGUCGGAGAGCUUCUGCAAGGCCACUCUGAUAUGCUACGCAAGUACCUGACUCGCGUACGCAACGUUACUUGGAACAGACGCUUUUUUACGGCGAUUGACCAAGAAAAGGGUGCUGAAGACAUUAGCAAAGAUAAUCAAGUCAUAGUUUCUUCGGAAGAAAAUAAGGAAGAAAAGGAGGAAGAAGAAAGGAGGGAAGAGGAAAAGGAGAAGGGAGAAGAAAAGGAAGAAGACAAGGAACAAAAGAAGGAACAGAGGAAGAAGAAAAACAAGAAGAAAAAUAAGAAAAACACAGACAAGAAUAGGAAGCAAGAAGAAGAACCAAUGGAUGAUGAGCUACAUGGGCAAGGGAAGGAGGAGGAAGAAGCAAGUAAGGAAAAGGAACAGAAUCGAUUGGAAGAAGGUAUGGUAUGUGGGCGAUCAGGGGACGAAACGGGUAUUCUAUUCGGGCUUUGUCCACCAGAGACUCAAGUCGAGGAUAUUAUUUGCGUCUUAUAUGGUUGUACCGUACCGGUUGUGUUGCGGGAAAUGUCGGAUGGGUAUAUGAAGCUCGUGGGUGAAGCGUACGUUCACGGGAAAAUGGAUGGCGAAGCGAUGGAUGAUCCUGGAGCAACUGAGUAUUUUCGAAUCCAGUGA